AUGGAGGAACAAUUUGUUUAUUUGACUUUUUCAGUUAUCUACGCGUUCUUGGCGUCAGCGAAUGGUCAUAGUGAAUCUAUUCGAAACGAAGAAGAGUGCAAGAUCGCCGACCUGUGCGUGCACGACAAGGUCCCCAUGUGCGGGAUCGACUCCUGCGGCGAGAUGCGCACCUUCAUCGACACGUGCGACAUGCACGAGUUCAAUUGUGAUAGCAAAAAAGACUUCAAGCAACGCCCGAUCCACGAAUGCUGGGUCACCUGCAAAAGAGGCCGAUCGUUCAAGAAGCCGGAGUAUAGAACUGACUGCAACAUCAACCUGAAAACUAGCAAUAGAUUGUAG